AUGGUAAGCAAUCCUAAUCAGGGCAUCCGCGAAUUCAUCAUGGAUUUACUCACUCAAGCUGCAAAGUGUGAUUUUGGAGACUUAGUGGACAUGCAGUUGAGAGAUCAGCUGAUCGCUGACAUAUACAAUACUGUUUUGCAAAAUGAACUUCCAAAGCUAUCCAAUCCGACGUUCAAAGAUGUGCGAGCCCAUUGUGAACAAUAUCAGGACAUCCGCGCCGCUACUUCAUCCAUGCCGUCGACGAUCGAAUCUACAGCCAUGUUCAAUUCACUCAAAACUAAAUCCAGGAAAGUUCAUGCUACAGUCAGACGGUUCAGACCAGUUACACAAUCUAGCUCACAUAAUGUGACAUAUUCGGAUAAAUCCUAUGGCAAUUGUGCAUCCUGUGGCAAACGUCAUUCCAGAUUCACAUGUCGACUUCGUUAUGCUUCAUGUUACAUGUGUGACAAAACUGGCCAUGUUCAGCCUGUGUCGCAGUACCAAAACUUGUCGCUUAAUUAA